GUGUAAGUGAAACGGUUCGUGAGGUCACAACACGAGAUACGGAGAAUACUUGGUAUCUACCUUACAGUACCUUACUAGACAUGAUAGGUGGAGCGAUAUAUUAUAUAAGAUCAUCAGCUCCGAGACCUAUUCCUGACUUUCUGGUCCAACCAACAGAAUGCCCUGCCAACUCAGGUUCGUCUGAAGGUCAAGGACAACGCCGGAACCUCACGACUUAGUCAAGAUAUCAUCUCCUACAUUGACACCGUCCUAUCCACGUUCUCUACACACCAGCAAAGAAGCAGCAAAGAGACGCACAACCAUGGCGCACCCACAAAGUGCCAAAGUGAGCGAGGAAAUUCUUCAAGACCUCAGUGGCACAGAAUAUGCAUGCUCCUCGCUGGAGCCGCUAUCGGGAGGGACAGCCAACUUCCUCUUCAAGGGCAUUCUCACCAGGCGUCUGCCCGAUGGGACGCAAGAGGUAGCCGUCAAGCACGGAAAGGCUUUUGUUGCCUCGAUGCCCGAUUUCCAGCUUUCCACAGCACGUUGCCGGGCCGAAGUAGAGUGCUUGAAGGCCUUUGAAGAGCUACUAGUGCCGCCACCGCUACCGCCACCGCAGCCGACGGCGACAGACCAGACCUCCCCGUUCACUGUCCGAGCGCCCAGGCUUCACCACUUCAGCGCCACCACCAACACCCAAGUCCAGGAGUAUCUGCCCAACGCGCUGAGCCUGAAGGACUACGCGCUCAAGCAUUUCUCCGCGUCGGCGGCACCGGCGGCGGCGGCGUCCAGGAAGCCGCUCUGCUUGGAACUCGGACGGAGCCUGGGCGGUUGGCUGCGCGACUUCCACCAGCGCGCGUCGUCCCUGCUGCGGGACGUGGUCAGCGCGAACGAGCCGAUGCAGCAGCUGAAGCACUACGUGAACUAUGGGACGCUGGUGGACACGGUCGCCAAUUUUCCCUCCAUCCUUGGCGAUGCAAAGGAGACGUUCGAGAAGAUCAGGGAGGUGACGGCCCAGGAGCUGCAGGGCCCGGAUCUCGGGGUCAUCCACGGCGAUUUCUGGACUGGCAACGCUCUCUUGUCAGACGAACCGCUAACGGAGGGGGCCAAGACAACCGUCUUCAUCGUGGACUGGGAGAUGUGCCAGUUAGGCGUGGCCCCCGUGGACCUGGGCCAGAUGAUUGCUGAGCUCUACGAGCUUUCGCUGUUCAAGGGCACGGACGAGGGGAAAUGGCUGAUCGAAGGGUUCGCGGCGGGCUACGGCCACGUCGAUGACCAGUUUGCCUUCCGCACCGCGCUCCAUGUCGGCACCCAUCUUGUCGCCUGGGGCAGCCGCGUGCCCGGCUGGGGCUCGGAGAUGCAGGUGCAGCAAGUCGUCGGCCUGGGCAAGGAGGUGAUCCUGCAUGCCUGGCAUCAAGACCGUGCCUGGUUUGAAGCGGGCGAUCUGGCGUGUCUGUUUGCCAGCACUCAGUGAUAAGGUAUCCGUUAGGAGAGGAGACUCGAGUGUCAAAUAUCUCGGAUAUCCAAUGUGGCAAUUAGGUAGCUAUGAAACGUACAGAUGAACGGUUGGCAGUGGGAUGGAGAUCAUGGCAUGCUUGCGCUCGGUCGAUGCAUUUACUGGGUGGCCCAUCAUUCUCAUCAUGGAAGCCAGCCACUGGCAGUAACCCUUUCGAUGAAAGUCCGGUAACAUUUCUGAGUAAGGCUGCUUAUGAGAGAUUUCCAUGAUGAUAUAGUCCUCUAAAAUACUCCAAUUGGGGAAUAUCA